AUGGCAUCCCUUGCUGGUGUGGUGGAUGAGUGGGACUCUUCUGCUGAUUUACGUGAGAGGAUGCGGGAGAAACGUCGUCUGUUCUUGCCUGAAGAGGGGAAGGAAACCCUAUCGGCCACUGUUGCUUGCUGCAGCAUGAACUUUGAAGUGCUGAAGCCCCUAGCUCAACGUUUGCAGAAUCCACCUGGGACGGUUGGGAUGUUCACG